AUGAGCGUCAGUUGUGUCUAGUGUGCCGGACGGUUGGGGUGUUCAGCGCUCUUUCCGAGUUGGUUGUCAUUGACAGUAGUGUUGAUUCAAUUUAUUCGUGGAUUUCUUGGAUAGCCGUCGUCUUGGAACACAGGAUUGCCGCCGAGAGACUGGAAGGCUGCAGGAUGUGUGGCAUAAGGAGCUGAGGCCUCAUUCAUCAGCCAUGCACGGUGAGUUACCUUCACGAGACUGGCCUAAUGUUCCACUUGUAGGCAGGAUUGAUGGUGAGCCCAUGUCAGUGGUGGGACCAAGGGCAGCGAAAGCAUCAUUCUCGUGCACGAAGAUGAGGUACUCCGAGAUGCCUAGAGACAUAUCCUGUGAUAGCCUUGCUGCCCUCCGCAUCAAUGAGAGUGGAAUGGACAGUGAUGAUGAUGAGGAGCGCAGCAGUGGUUGUGGGGGUGGGAGGAGCAUGGCCAUGCCAAUGUGUGCUCGUGGUACUUCUCCACCAUCCUCUGUUUAUCGAAAGGUAGUUCAAGAAUCUUACUACGAUACAAGUGACAGCAUGAAGGCACUGACAAAAACAGCAUAUAGCUAUGGAACAUUACCAAGAAUCCAUAGCCACAAGUCAGCAAGUUUGCCAGCCAGAGGGAAGGAUACAGAAUCUCCCCCAGUUUUGGAUGUGUUGCGUGUGCUGCCUGAAGAUCUUGCAACCCAGAUAACUCGCAUGGACUUUCCAGUAUUCAAGUCAAUCACACCUGAAGAACUCACUUCUUGUGGGUGGACCAAAAAAGACAAGCUGAAAUCUGCUCCAAAUGUUGUUGAGUUUACCCGUAGAUUUAAUCAUGUGAGCUUUUGGGUAGUGCGAGAAAUCUUGAAUGCUGGAGGUGUGAAGCAUCGAGCUGAGAUGAUGACACAUUUUAUCAAGGUUGCUAAAAAACUCAAUGAACUUCACAACUUUCAUUCCCAAUUUGCCAUUGUCAGUGCUCUUCAGUCUGCCCCAAUUUAUAGGUUAACAAAGACUUGGGCUGCUCUGUCUCGCAAAGACCGCCAGCACUUUGAGCGUAUGACUGAACUGUUCAGUGACAAGAACAACUGGGAACAGCUACGUAUCCAUGUAUCCAGCCUCAAGCUACCCAUGAUUCCUUACCUUGGUUUAUUCCUCACUGACCUUGUGUACAUUGAUAUGGCUCAUCCUCAUUUUGGGGGCCUGGAGUCUGAGCAGCGGCAGUUGAAAAUGAACAACAUAUUAAGGAUGUUGGCAGACUACCAGAGAUCAGAUUAUUCUGCACUUCCACACCUUCAGCAUGUGCAAGCAUAUCUUGCUUCUGUCAGAUAUAUUGAGGAACUUCAGAAGUUUGUGGAAGAUGAUCACUACAAGUUAUCCUUACAGUUAGAACCCAAUACUCCAAGCAGUAGCAAUAGUGCAAGUAAGGAUAGUGUUUCUGAUGCUGCUGGAGGGAUUAGUUCUCUCAAUGUGUCCCCAUCUUCUCGCUUGGGUGUGGGCCGACCACCAGCGCCUCCUCCAACACACUCCUGCCCAGCACAUGGUUCUCAGACCAAGUUUGUCCCAACACACCGGAAGGCACGAAGUCUAGGAACUAAAUUUCGGAGUAUGAGUCUCCCACGCAAUCUCCACCGCUCCGAGCCCCAAACUCAGGGGGUUGACCGCUUCGGUCAUCCAGGUCAAAGUUUACAAAUACUCUGUGACAGACGGACAUCAUGCAGCGGUAUUCACAUGUAUCUGAGCCAGAUUAUUUUCAAAGGAUGCUCUGGGUCAGGUGAAGGAAUGCGCUGUGACUCUGUAAAUAGCCUCGGGAGCCAUGAGCCCGGCUGUCCUUCAGCCCAGGGAUUACAAGGCUCCAGGCACCUCCUCGAUGACUCUGAACUAGACCCUCCUCCACCUCCUCAGCAUGACUGCACCUCACCACCUUCACAUACUCUUACUCGCACUUGGUCUGGUCUGUCAUCUGACUCAGAGACUGAGGUGGUGUUUGAGGUGAGUGGGGAAGACUGUGGUGUGCAGGGACCACUAAAGCGCAAGACUGUUAUCAAGGAUGGCCGCCGACCAGCUGUUUCUGCUUGGCAUAGAUACUGGGUCCAGUUAUGGGGAGGAGCACUUGUGUAUUACCAUCCAAAGAGCCUCACCUCUCGUGGCCAAGAACGAGCAGACUUCAAAACAUCCCCAUGUAAACUACAACCUUUGGCUGGAUCAGAGGGAAAGUUGGUGUUAGUUGGUCCACAUGAUGCACAAUCCCAGCCUGAUGUGUUCCAGGUUAGGGUAUACUCCUUGCUUUCUGACCCAGCCAAGGCUACAAUAUACAAGUUCCGGGCUCCCUCAGUAUCUGCUGCCAAAUCUUGGAUCUCAAACCUUCAACAAGCUCUCUCAGAAAACACUCAAAUACCACCAGAUUCUUUAGAAAAUUUGAUGACAUUUGAAUAAUAUAUCACAUUUGCAUUUUUUAAGUGGUGAAACUUUGCUGUAAUGAUAGAAUGAGCAUAAAUAAGUGUAUGCUCUCUCUGAAGACAGUAGGAAGUGAAUAAUAUUCGUGACUGUAUAUGGUAUUUAUUUGUAUUUCACGUUAAUCAACCCUGAAACCCAGAUGAAGGAUUUGCAUACAAACAGCAGUGUAUUUCCUUUGCUUCAGUUAGCAAAAUGUUUUAUUUGCAAAAGUAUUUGGUCAUUUUCUUCUUCAUAUUCAAAUAGAUAUAGGAAGAGCUUGGAGUAUAUAGUUUCAUAUAGAUUUUAGGAGCUCUGGGUUACUCUCUCUCUCUCUCUCUCUCUCUCUCUCUCUCUCUCUCUCUCUCUCUCUCUCUCUCUCUCUCUCUCUCUCUCUCUCUCUCUCUCUCUCUCUCUCUCUCUCUCUCUCUCUCUCUCUCUCUCUCUCUCUCUCUCUCUCUCUCUCUCCAAUUUUAUGUGUACCUUAUUUAUAUCUAUAGUUUUCUGCCAGUAUUGACUGGAAGCAGCCAGAAUAAUAGCACUUUGUGUUAUACAUGGAGACAAAUACCAAAUAUUCAUCAUAUAGACAAUUCCAUGCUUGUCAUUGGUCCUGAAGGAGUGUUGUUAUCACAAGGAGGAUACGAAAGAGUAGUUUCUAAAGGAUGGUUAGAAUUUAGUCAUGCUGGUAGUUUCUGGUGCUGAAAAGUACCAGUGAUGGUCAGAGAAAACAUAAGUCUAGUCCUGCUACAGUCCUAACUGCCAAAGGAAUUAUGUGUUUACAUGUGUAACACCACAGAUGAAUUAUUUAUGAUAGAGCAGAAAAGGGUUGCAUAUUAUGAAGUGUACAAGCAAAAUUACUAUGAUACAUGAUUACAUUGUCAGUCCACUACAAAUAAAUAUGAGGUUUCAUAAA